GGACGGUUACCAAGCACGAGGAGGCUCAUUUUGGAGCGCGGAGUCCUUGGACGCUGUCACAUAGGAGCGGUAGGGUUGAAGUGACUGCGAUCCUAGGCCAUCGGCUCAUCUGGGCUACGGCAGGACGAGUGACGAGGAACAGGCCCCUCCCCUCCCGCUUAUCUCGGUGUGGCGACAUCUAGUGACGUCGUGGGCGUGAUGGCCGCCGCGAGGCCGGGAAGGUGAAGAAGUUGGGACAGGUGGAGGGAGUCAACACCAAUAGCCAACCUGGACCUUAAUCAGCAUAGAGGAGGCCUCAAGUUCUUUUCACCAUUUGGCUCCGGCCAUGGCCACAAUGCCCACCCUGUGAAGGUCUCUUAACCAGCUAAAAACGAGAUGUCCCUGCUCUUUUCUCGAUGCACCUCCAUCGUCACUGUCAAGAAGGAUAAGCGACACAUGGCUGAGGUGAAUGCUUCCCCACUCAAGCACUUUGUCACUGCCAAGAAAAAGAUCAAUGGCAUCUUUGAGCAGCUGGGGGCCUACAUCCAAGAGAGUGCCAGCUUCCUGGAAGACACCCACAGGAAUACAGAACUGGACCCAGUUACCACAGAAGAGCAGGUCCUGGAUGUCAAAGGGUACCUGUCCAAGGUCAGGGGUAUCAGCGAGGUGCUGGCCAGGCGGCACAUGAAGGUGGCUUUUUUUGGCCGGACGAGCAAUGGGAAGAGCACUGUGAUCAACGCCAUGCUCUGGGACAAAGUUCUGCCAUCGGGGAUUGGCCACACCACCAAUUGUUUUCUGCGAGUUGGGGGCACAGAUGGCCAUGAGGCUUUCCUUCUCACCGAGGGCUCAGAAGAGAAGAAGAGUGUAAAGACCGUCAACCAGCUGGCCCACGCCCUCCAUCAGGAUGAGCAGCUGCAUGCAGGCAGCUUGGUGAGUGUGAUGUGGCCCAACUCUAAGUGUCCGCUUCUCAAGGAUGACCUCGUGCUGAUGGACAGCCCUGGAAUUGAUGUCACCACGGAGCUGGACAGCUGGAUUGAUAAGUUUUGCCUGGAUGCUGAUGUGUUUGUGCUGGUGGCCAACUCAGAGUCCACACUGAUGCAGACGGAGAAGCAGUUCUUCCACAAAGUGAGCGAGCGUCUGUCCCGGCCCAACAUCUUCAUCCUCAACAACCGCUGGGAUGCCUCUGCCUCGGAGCCCGAGUACAUGGAGGAGGUGCGGCGGCAGCACAUGGAACGCUGCACCAGCUUUCUGGUGGACGAGUUGGGUGUGGUGGAUCGAGCUCAGGCUGGGGACCGGAUCUUCUUCGUGUCUGCCAAGGAGGUGCUCAGUGCCAGGGUCCAGAAAGCCCAGGGCAUGCCAGAAGGAGGGGGCGCUCUUGCAGAAGGAUUUCAAGUGAGGAUGUUUGAGUUUCAGAAUUUUGAGCGGCGAUUUGAGGAGUGCAUUUCCCAAUCUGCAGUAAAGACCAAAUUUGAGCAGCACACAGUACGGGCCAAGCAGAUUGCAGAGGCCGUUCGUCUCAUCAUGGAUUCCCUGCACAUUGCAGCUCAGGAGCAGCGGGUUUAUUGUCUAGAAAUGCGGGAGGAGCGGCAAGACCGGCUGAGGUUUAUUGACAAGCAGCUGGAGCUCCUGGCUCAAGACUAUAAACUCCGAAUUAAGCAGAUUACAGAGGAGGUGGAAAGGCAGGUGUCCACAGCCAUGGCCGAAGAGAUCAGACGCCUCUCUGUGCUGGUUGACGAGUACCAGAUGGACUUCCACCCAUCCCCAGUUGUCCUCAAGGUUUAUAAGAAUGAACUGCACCGACAUAUAGAGGAAGGCCUAGGCCGGAACAUGUCUGACCGCUGCUCCACAGCCAUCGCCAGUUCCCUGCAGAGCAUGCAGCAGGACAUGAUAGACGGCUUGAAGCCUCUUCUUCCUGUGUCUGUGCGGAAUCAGAUAGACAUGCUAGUCCCUCGCCAGUGCUUCUCCCUCAGCUAUGACCUCAACUGUGACAAGCUGUGCGCUGACUUUCAGGAGGACAUCGAGUUCCACUUCUCCCUUGGAUGGACUAUGCUGGUGAACAGGUUCCUGGGCCCCAAGAACAGCCGCCGGGCCUUGAUGGGCUACAGUGAUCAGGUUCAGCGUCCUAUCCCUCUGACACCUGCCAACCCCAGCAUGCCCCCCUUGCCGCAGGGAUCCCUCACCCAGGAGGAGCUCAUGGUCUCCAUGGUUACCGGCCUGGCCUCCCUGACAUCCAGGACCUCCAUGGGCAUUCUCGUGGUUGGAGGAGUGGUGUGGAAGGCAGUGGGCUGGAGACUCAUCGCCCUCUCCUUUGGACUGUAUGGCCUCCUGUAUGUCUAUGAGCGGCUGACUUGGACCACCAAGGCCAAGGAGAGGGCCUUCAAGCGCCAGUUUGUGGAAUAUGCCAGUGAAAAGCUGCAGCUCAUUAUCAGUUACACUGGCUCUAACUGCAGCCACCAAGUCCAGCAGGAAUUGUCGGGGACAUUUGCUCAUCUGUGCCAGCAAGUUGACAUCACCCGAGAUAAUCUGGAGCAGGAAAUUGCCGCCAUGAACAAGAAAGUUGAGGCUCUGGAUUCCCUUCAGAGCAAAGCCAAGUUACUCAGGAAUAAAGCUGGCUGGUUGGACAGCGAACUCAACAUGUUCACACACCAGUACCUGCAGCCCAGCAGAUAGUGGGCAGCCAGGGCGGACCUGCACUGAGCAGAGGCCGGCCACGCCUCCCAUCAGCUCUCGUCCUUGGCCGCUUUGGAGAGAAGGAAAGCACCCACUGUCUUGUACCAUUCUCAGCCCUUCAGCACCAGUCACUCCCUACCUGUGCAGGAAGACCCCUGGCUCACACCCUAAAGGAGACCAACAAGGAUUGGGCAGCUCGGCACCAAGGAGUCCUGCAUGCCUGUGUCUGCUCAUCAUGCUCGAUAAGGUCUUCCGAAGGGUGACACCCUGCAGAAUGACUGACGGGAGCAACACAGGCAUCAGGCAGACACUCCCACUUUCUCUGACACACCUACAGAGAGGGACAAUGUUGGGGGUGACUGGACUCUCCAGAAGAAUUCAGGAUAGUUCUGGAAUGGCCAAGUUUGUCCCAGAAGGACUUGUAUCUUAUGUUUGGCCCUUAGCCUUAGCACUUUUCCCACUUGCAGAGUGAGUUGUGCUUGGUGGCCAGGCUCAACAUACCCUGGGCUUUAGACUCAGGGCGCUCUUGUGGGAAGCUGGGGAUAUCUGCCAGCCAGAGCAGAGGGGAGGGCUCAGGAGAGGAAUCAGGGGUCCGAUGUAUUGCUGUUGGUGUCCGGCAUCAUGGUGACAUGGGACUUGCCUCCCUUCUUGCCAUUGAGGCCCUUGUUCUUAUUUCAGCUCUUGGUCUGUUAGUCCUGGGGUAUUAGUGAGAGCUAGUUUGCUCCAGGUGGUUUAAGGAUGUAGCAGGGGGAAUGGUGGAAGAUGGGGCUUCCGGGGAUGGCUGGAGAAGGUUGGUACAGAAGCGGUUCCUCUAUCUGUCUUAGUACUGAGGGGCUCACAAGCCUGGGAAGCUCACCCGCUAACCUCAGCUUAUCCCUGCCUUGCUGCAAGCCCCCUGUGGCCACCAUUCUCUGGACUGUACCCUGUGCUAGUGACUGCAGCUGGCCACAAAACAGCAUGAGAAGCCUGGCCUUUUCCCUACUGCCCUGACCCUCCCAAGAGAAGCCUGGCCGCCUUUCCCUACUGCCCUGACCCUCCCAAGAGAAACCUGGCCGCCUUUCCCUACUGUCCUGACCCUCCUAAGCCUGCCUCCUCCGAUCCUGAAGCCUCCCGCUGCUUGCUUAGCCUCGUAUUGACUCUGAACUUCUCAUUGUUGAGUGUUGAAACUAUUAAUGGUCAAAGUAGGGAAGAUUCCAGUCACUAAGGUUGAUUGCCUUGGAAAAGCAGUUUUAGGGUGACAAAGCCUUUGUAAAACAGGUAGAGAGUGUCUUAGAGACAAAGCAUUGGGCUCCACCCCUUCCCAGAAGUCUGCAGCCAGGAGCUUCCUGCAGGGCACUGUCCCACUGGUUGGGUGCCCAGGGGCUAUGUCCUCUCCUGCCCGUGUCUGCCUGCUCACUUGCCCCUCAGUCUACCCUGUUUGCUGGGACAGUGAUGGUCUUGGCCAAGGUCAGCAUGUAAUGUAAAGAAGUUGUGAGUGUAUUGCCAUGCUGGACAGAUGGGGUCACCUCAGAGUGGGUCAAGACAAAUCAGUGUCACAUAAUCCCAAUGAAUGUUGUGUUCUUUGGGGGGAAAAUAGAAUAAACAUGAAAUCUUUUUCAGAAUAGUCCCCGAGUAAUGAAUGAAAAUUUGAGCUUAUAUAAGUAAAAAUUGCAUUUAUACCACCAGGAAGAGCUGUACCCGAGCUGUUUAGCAAAGCACUUUAGUUUCUUGCUGAUAACUGUUGUCUGAUCUUUUGCUGGGCCGCCAAAGGCACCUGACCCAGUGCCUUUGCUUCUGGUAUAUUUAAGGUGAUGCAUCUGUCCGAGUUACCUGUAUCUCUGCUGAUCACAUUGGAAACUAAAAUAAAGCCCCCGUGUGACCCUG